CUGGCCAGGUGUGCCUGACGGGUGUCACCUGCGCAGGUUCGUGUACGCCAAGGACCGCACGGACCGGAUCCGCACCUGCGCCAUCCUGUGCCACAUCUACCACCACGCCCUGCACAGCCGCUGGUACCGCGCCCGCGACCUCAUGCUGAUGUCACACCUGCAGGACAACAUCCAGCACGCCGACCCGCCCGUGCAGAUCCUCUACAACCGCACCAUGGUCCAGCUGGGCAUCUGCGCCUUCCGCCAGGGGCUGAUCAAGGACGCGCACAACGCGCUGCUGGACAUCCAGAGCUCCGGCCGCGCCAAGGAGCUGCUGGGCCAGGGGCUGCUCCUGCGCAGCCUCCAGGAGCGCAACGCCGAGCAGGAGAAGGUGGAGAAGCGGCGCCAGGUGCCCUUCCACAUGCACGUCAACCUGGAGCUGCUGGAGUGCGUCUACCUGGUGGCGGCCAUGCUGCUGGAGAUCCCCUACAUGGCGGCGCACGAGUUCGACGCCCGCAGGAGGAUGAUCAGCAAGCAGUUCCACCACCAGCUGCGCGUCGGAGAGAGGCAGCCGCUCCUGG